CGGGAAGACGCGUUGAAAAUGUGGGGAGACGUGACGGAGAUUAUUCAUGGCGGAACUUUGGCGAUUGAUGCGGUAAAACUGUUAAUGACUUCCUACUCCGGACAUCCUCCUUGGCUUCAUUUGUUUCCCGAGAAACGAUCUUCCUCAAAGCAAAGGAAUUGUGCUAGACAUUUUCUGUUCCACAAUUUCCAUCUGAUAACACUAUGAGUCGAAACUGGAUUCCGGCGCUUGUAGCCAUUGGAGUGGGAGUCUUUUCAGGCUAUUACACCUUCCAACCUUUACUGAAGGAUCUGCAGGCGGAGAAAGCAGGUUUCCAGCGACUCCAACUAGGAGAGCGAGCACAAGCCCCUAACGGCGCUCAGACCCCUACUGCGAACACAAACGAAGGCUCGAAUGCUCCAGUGACGCCAGAUACAAAAACCACCCAGGCCGGGAAUCCAAAGUAAAUAAGCAAGGGAGAAUAUCGGCUCAGUGGCACUUCCCUAGUGCGAUGCCCCCCAGGUACACAAGUGACCUGUCAGAGCUCGCUCCAGCAGAUCCCAAUCUCAAAAUUCUGAAAACGGCUCCCAUGGAACGUAUAGAGCGAGUGGGAAAAGGUCCGCGUCAAACAACACCUACCACCCUUUUCUGACAAGUAAGUCGGUCAUUGGCUAUUGAACCCUCAUGGUUGACCAUCAAGGGUAUGUGCAUGGUAAAGAAGAUGAUCCCAAGAGCAAUAGAUCUUGGAAUCUAGUUUGUGGUGGCUCAGUUUGCCUACGAGCAAACAUACAAGUAAAUAUCUCUGCAAUCUUGUAACUACUCGCAAUUCAUAGAUAUUAUUCGGUAUUAAA